CCCAUAUGACGACAACACCACGCAAAGCCAACAACCCAAAACCUCAUCUCGAAUACAUUCAAGUAGUUGUUUUGGCUCCCAAUGAAAAACUAUUUUACAGUUUUCUUACCUUGGCGGAUAUUUUUCAACAGCAAAUGUCUCGUAAAGAAGCAACCCAAGUGAACCCCACCGAAAAUAAUGAGUCGAUGGAAUAUUGGAACAAUAUUCCUUUACUCAACUCUAAAGGAGAAUUUGUUUCCAGAGAAGUCAGUCAUUCAUCUUUCUAUCGUUCUACAACACUAUCCCAUUUGCUACCUGCUUUACAACCUGUGUUGAAGGUUUUCCUAAUAGAACAAUGGUUACAAGACCAAGGCAACCAUAAUAGUUAUUUAUUGUUACAACAAGCUGUUCAAAGUGCAGAUGUAAUAGUAACAGGUUGGAUUUUCAAUCAGCAAUUGGCAAUUAGAGUAGCAGAAAUAUUGAAACCUGUUCAUCAACAAUUGUUAGCCUGCAUUGUGUUUCCUUCUUCUCCAAUUCUCAUUCCAUAUAACAAGUUGGGGCAAUUUGAACUCUGUCGAUGGACAGAAACACAGAAUAUAUUAUCUCAUUUGUGUUUUUCCAAAGAGACAUGCUCAGAUAGUCCAAAGACACAAGAAGAGACAAACCAACUGGAGUUGAAACUGUUGGAAUCGUUCCGAAUAUUACCAAAGCUAUUGAAUUACAUUGGAGAGGAAAAGAGGGAAGAUAUAUGCACAUAUAUGCUUUCUUAUCGUCAUUGGGUUGCUUCGAGUCCAGAAGAUGUGAAAUUGUGUCUUUCUUUUAUCAUCGAAAGAAGUCUAAUGAAUAUGGAAAAGGAGAACAAAGAGGAAGAUGUAUGGAUGACAAAGCAGGAAGAAGAUGCGCAAACUAUGAAAACAAAGAUAAAGCAGUUGUGGCAAGCCUAUUGUGAAAGCACAUCUUCCACAGUUACUAUUCGUUCCUUACCUUCCCCGAAGAAGCUACAAAGUAGUGGUCAUCAUGAACUGGCUCGUCUCAUUGCCAUUUACAUGCAUCAAUAUCAUUGCCAACUAAAGGAUAUUUCCAUUUUGUGCCAAUUCAAAUAUUCGAUAUCCUGCCAACGCGAGUGGAACCGAUUUGCGCAACAAUUACACCAGAAAUUCACUUUGCGCUAUCCUGUUGAGUUGGAAAAGGAACUGUUACAAUUGAGUGAAAAGAUUCAUAAAGGAAAGCACCUUAUGCCACUUUCUUCAGAUGUUUUGGCAGAAAAUCGACAUUUGCAUCAAUCCAUUCUUCAAUUGGGAGGUUAUAGGAAGGCAGCUAAAAUCUUAGGUUUGCAAAGAUAUCGUCGUUCAUCCAAGCCAAUCUCGAAAUCAAUGCAAGAGUUUACUCAUUUUGAGAAAGAAUUGCGGACUUUUUUGCAUCAACGUGCACAAAAGAUAGAUAGUGAAAGAGCAGAGUGGAUACAAAGAAUCAUGCCAAGAAUGGUGGACUUUCGUGAAGCAGGUAGAACAGAUCUAUUGGAUGCCAUUCAAUAUCAUGGAGGACAACAUGCAGUUGCCAGAAAACUUGGUUUGCAGAUGCAUUAUCAGGCAACAUGCAAUGAAUAUAUUCAACAUUUUAGUUGUCUAGAAAAGGAACUCAAGCGUUUGAUAUCUGAAGAACUGGGAGAUAUCUACCAAUCGAAUGAGAUGCCAACCCUUCAUGACCUUAGACAAUUAGGACGAAUUGAUUUGAUAGCCGCUAUUCGUAUACAUGGAGGAAUGCACAAAGUAGCCAGUAAAAUGAAUUGGAAGCUUUGUAAAGGCUCGAGGUCUACCCAGCUCAAGAUAAAAGACUUGAAUUGGCUAAAGAUAGAGUUGGAAAGGUGGAUAAAGAAACAAGGAUUGACUGAACUUUGUAUAGUACCUACAACGAGGCAGUUAUUGGAAGAUGGGAGACCUGAUUUGGUUCGAGCUAUUCAAUUUCACGGUGGUAGGGAAACCGUUGCUAAGCAGUUUGGAAUGGUAAAAGGAGACAAGACCAUCUUUGAUGAGAGUUUCUUUUUAACAGAUUGGAGUGGUUUGGAAGAAGAAGAAGAAAGUCAAGUCAAUUCAUCUAAGAAAACAAAUACUCGAAGAGAAUCACAUUACUGGUGUCGACUGGAAAAUGUACGUAAAGAACUAUUAGCUUUUAUAUAUGAAUAUGGACAACCGGGUGUGAUGCCGACAAGAGCUGAAUUGUUAAGAGCUGGACGCGGGGAUCUUUUACGUGGAAUGACUAUUCAUGGUGGACAAAAGGUUGUAGCCAGAGAUUUAUCGCUUGUCAUGGUUUCUCAAGUCAAAAAGUCGAAAUAAGACAAUGAAGUUGACAACAGAGCUGUACAAACAACGUUCUAUUUUGUCA